AUGCAGCCGCAGCUCCAGCUCCUGGAGCAGCCGGAGACUCUCUCAUCAACAACAGCAGCGGAGAAGAAGAAGAAGAAUCCAUUGGAGCCAGCAAUCGAAGGCGUUCUUCGGAUCUGCGAAGAAGACGAAGAAGAAGAAGAAGAAUCCAUCGGAGCCGAGGUAGCCAGCAAUCGAAGGCGUUCUUUGGAUCUUCAAGAAGCAGCUCCGGAACCCGAGUCCUGCGACGUGGCAGUGGCAGGUUUAAAAACUAGACGUAGAGAGAGCAAACGUACAAGGUUGACAUUCAUCAUGUUUGAGCUAUAUUGCAUAUUACUUGUGAUACUGGCAUUCAUUUACGGCGACUUGUACGCUACAAUCAUUUACGACUUGUGUGAUUUCUGUUGUUGUCGAGGAGUCGACAGUGGUUUCCGAGCACCUGGUGCUCUUCUUGAUGCCGCUGUCGAUUAUCUCGAACCAGAAAUUAUCGUCGAUCACCCGAACAGCAGCUUGAUGGCGCCAUCUUCUGCCUUUGCCAGACCUACAGGUUUGGCCUUGUUGGCAGCCUUGGCGCUUGCUGUGUGCUGGAUGUAUGGAAUGUCUGGACGAACGUCUGAUGUUUUGGAAGAAUGUAUAGAAAGCGAACGAAUGGAUGUGAAUGAUAGCGAGGAUGAUGAUGAACAUGAUGUAUGUGAUAGCAAGGAUGAUGAUGAACUGAAUAUGAGCGAAUGUGAGGAUGAUGAUGUUGAUGAAACUGAUGUAUGUGAUAGCGAGGAAGAUGAUGAAACGAGUGAAAGUGAAGCAGAUGAUGAAACCGAUAUGAGCGAAAAUGAGAAUGACCUGGAAACUGACGCUAGCAAAGUGUCUAGACUGGAAGAAAGUCUAGAACUGGAAGAUCUGAAAGAUAGUAUGGAGGAACUCGUAGAACUGGAAGAUCUAGAAGCCAGCAAGAAGGAAUUGGAAGAGACCCCUAAUAUUGAAGAAUUGGAAAGCACUGAGGAGGAAAGAGAGCUGCCGAGACUACGUCAAGAACAGCCAGAUGUAGAAAGGCAGAGGUUGGAAGAAACUCUGGAAAAGAGUCAGGUCUAUGGUACUAGAAUGGAAUAUCUGUGGAAGGAAGCAGAAAAGGCGAUUGAGCAGAUUCAAUGUCAACUUGAGGAUAAAGAUAUUUUGCUGGAAAAGAAGGCAGAUGAGAGAGCAGCAAUGAACAGACAAAUCGAGAGUGCCUGCCUGCAAAAGGAACAAGUUUUGACUGAAAAGCGGCGCCUAGAACACGACUUGGAACUGGCUCUAGACCAAGGAGAGAAGAUAGAGAACUACAAUAGAGAACUGAAGGAGAAAAUAGUGUCUCUGGAGAGACAAUUAGAGGAGAAUGAUAAUUUGCUAAAGAAACAGGACGAAGACGAGAAAGAAAUGAAAAGUCUCUUCCAGAAGAAUAUGGUCGAUAAAGAAAGAGAACUGGAGUACGCUCAAAAGAAAGGAAAUGAACUGAGCCUCAAACUUAACGAGGCAGAAACUUUCAUUCAAAUUCUUGAUGCAGAGAAUGAAGAUUUGAUGAGGCUCAUAGUAGAACACAGGGAUUCCUUAGACCAGAAGGAGAGGAAAGUCGACCAUCUACAAGAAUUACUGGCACGUCAAGCGAUAGAGUCUGAGAACGACCAAGAGAAAAUGAGGACUCUGGAAGUGCAAAUGACGGCCAUUGAAAGCACUGUAGAAGAACUGGAAAAUCAACUAAUGUAUGUUAAAGAGAACCAAGAAGAUCUCCAAGGAAAACUUGAGCUCACUGAAUCAGAAAAGUCUAGACUUAGGGAGGUUGCAGCUGACCUACAAGAUAGAAAUUGUGAGCUUGAGAAAAACCUGGCAGAUGAGACCCAGAAGAACUUGGUACUAGAAGAUCAAGUUCAGUUCCUAGAAUCAGUUUUGCACCAAAAAGAAUCUCAGUUGGUCUACGCAUCAGAAAUCCUAAAUGCAGAAAGAGUGAAAACUGAGAUUAUGGCCGAAGAACUACAAGUGAUGAGGAACUGGGUCUCAGAACUAGGAGCAGAGAAUGCAAACUUUAAAGAAGAAUUAGAAGCAAAAGCAGCAAAAGUGACUUCACUGAAUAAAGAGUUAGACAAUGAGAAGAAGAAGACCCAAGUUCUGGCUGGAGAAGCCCAGGUUAUGAAGAACUGGGUUGCAGAACUAGGAGCAGAGAAUGCAAACUUUAAAGAAGAGUUAGAAGCAAAGGAAAAAGAAGGGCAUGCACUAAAGAAAGAGUUAGACAAUAAGAAAAAGCAGACCCAAGUUCUGGCUGGAGAAGCCCAGGUUAUGAAGAACUGGGUUGCAGAACUAGGAGGACAUAACGCCAAGCUUCAGGAUGAGAUAAACGAAAACCACCUGAAAAUAAAUUCACUUCUGAAAUCUUUAAGGAAGGAAAAACAGAGGAGCAGACAUCUCCAGGAUGCUCUCCAUCAUGGUAAGGAGAUGGAAAAAUUGUUGAAAGAAGAAAAGAUGAGAGGAAGUGAGAUGGCGGCUUCCCUGAGAACCGUCAAAAUAGAGCUCGAAAACAGGGAUCUCCAAAUUGAAAACUUCUUAAACAUGGAGAGAAAAUUGAUAUGCGAAAAAGAAGAACUUGCCAAGAAACUAGGCGUCGCUCUCAAUCACGGGAAGAAACUGGACAGCUUGCUGGAGGAGGCAGACAAAAAGGCAAGAAAACUCUCAAACUAUUUUGAGGAGGAGGUCCAGAAAAGGGAGAACCAAAUGAGAGAUUUCUUAGGCAAAGAGGAACAACUCAGUGCUGAAAAGCUAGAGUUGGUAGAGAGAUUAGAAAAUGCUGUCAAUCUUCUGAUUAAAGAAGAGAGGGAAAAUGUACACUGGCAGCAAAUGUUACAGGAAAAGGAAAAAGAACUAGAGACGCUGAGGAAAGAUGAAGAAGACCAUCACAAACAAAGGAAGAAGAUGGAGAUCCAACUUGAGGAAGAUGAGAAAGAGCUACAGCAACUUAGAACGGAAUGUGAACAAUUGAAAGAAAAUUGGAGGAUACAAGAGGAAAAGAUGAUCAGGGAACAACAGCAUCUCAGGGAGCGUCAAAGGAAACAGGAAGAGGCUCUGAGGGAGCAGGACAAAUACAUGCUAAUGACGCUUCUCCAUGGGACAGCUCAGAGGAACUUCCAUCUGCAACAUAUUGCACUGCAGCAUGGAAUUGAAACUCUGGACAACACCAAUGACAAGGAGAAGCAAGAUGAAGGGCAGGAAGAGGACCUGUGGAUGAGGAAGGAUAAACAACACAGGAAAUACUCCGAUGCCCAGCGUGAUAGGACCAACUACCGGAAGCAGUGGGAUGCCCUAACUCAGACAUUGAAGGACCUCACUAAUGGAGAUUCUGACAUGGACUGUGAAAUUUCCAACAAAAAAACAGAUGACACAACUUGUCAUCAGAGGAGCGAAGAAGAAAUCUGUAAGAUCGAGCCCCUCAGAGGCGAGACUCGUGAGGAAAAGGAGGACUAA